CAGACAGUGUAGCAUCAUCCUCAAAUUCUGAAGUCUGCGCAUGUGCCGCUGAGAGAUUCAGAAAGUACGCAUUUUAAAUACGCAGUGUCAAACUUGAAUUGCCGCUAUAAAACCUGAACCAAGACAAUAGUACAGAAAAUGCGGGAAGCAGAUCAGGCACUUUUCCCUCUUGUUAAUGUGGGCAGAGUGGUUCAGUUGUUCAGGCAACAGCUUUGUGGAAAAGAGCAGCCAGAUCUUGUCUUGUUGUCAAUUGUUGCUGGAGCAGUGGAGCAUUCAUUAACAGCGUCUAGAGCUACCUCUCCUAAACUUCAAAAGGAUUCUGGUUCUGAUGACGAGUAUGAAGUUGAGGAGACUGCGGAUGUCUGUAAUCUGAAACUUGAACCAGCAAUAUCUUAUGUCCAGGUGUCAGCACUUUACCAAAAGUAUAUCGCAGUGAUCAAAGGAUACUGUGAUCUGUCUCUAUUCCCGGAUGCUGGGGAGUUUGCUACCAAGGAUCUAAUUAAACGAGUAUCAGAUAUUUUGUGGAAUACGCUUAGUAAAGACAAGAUCAAAGAUAGAACUCAUAUAUCUAAUAUAUUCAGUUAUGUGACAG